AUGUGGGCUCUUCAAAUAGUUCUCACGGCUCCAUAUCCUCUAGUGGAAAUAGACGAAAUGUUCGUGACGACAGGGCCUGAGGGUGCGGGGGCUAGCCGGCUGACGGCCAUGCGACGUAAUGAAUGCGCAGUUACCAUAGAAAACAGAAGGCGCAAACUCCUGUUAGUUUCAAGUGCGUGUGAGGCCUCCAUCCACAUGGCAGGAAUUGUCGCCGCGUUAGACAGGAUUCUCAGGACCCCAACACCACUUAAAGUGGUGACGGAUCAGUGGUUGGCAACGCGCAUGACAGCGACGAAUGUUGACUGGGCUGUAAUAGACGAGAUAGGCGCAUGGCUCAUGAUGCGAUUUAUACCACAGCCCGAAGUUUACCACGACGUGGCGAGGGAAUCUGAGACACACUGGCUCCCCCCCGCCUACAGAGAUAUCACCUACGCGACACACACGCUCCCCGUCUGCAUCACAACAGCUGAUGAAAGCGAAUUCUACUACCAUGACCACGCUACGACCUUCAACGACAACGUAUUUGUUGACAGAGCGACAGCGAAUCGGGUACCUGCCCUGAGGGUCGGGGCGUGGACUAAUGAGGCCGAACUUAUUACGGGGCUGGAGAUCGCCACCUACGCACACGUGAGAGGGGAGCACUAG